AGUCAAACAAACGAAAGGACAUUUUUUUGCAAAUUUCAAUAAAGUGUAAUUUUUUGAAAGGCAAAACCAAAAUUUAUUCGUAAAUUGUUUCAAAAAGUUAUUAAAUCUUUCAAUUCUAUACUGGAUACUAAAUAUUAUAAAAUCAGUGCAUUGUCACCAUAUACGGAUAUGAAAGCUAGCAACUCGAAUAGCAGCAGCUCAGGCUGUUCGGCUGCCUCUUCUACAACAGACAUUAAAAAAUGUCGUACAGACAUUAGAUUGUCCGGCAAUCGGUCGCGUUCAUUUUUACAUUGCCUAAGCAAGCAUUUGGGCCGCCAUUUUUUGCAUCAUACAUCUCAUCAUCAUCAUCACCAUACAAUGCAUCACAAUGGCCAAACUAUUGUGUACAAUAGCCAAGAGGAUUUAAGAAGUUCCUCGACAGAUUCGUUUUCUCUCAGCUAUGAGCGCAAUUCGCAUUUGGAUUGCGUAGCUCAUCUAAAUGGCGGUAUCGGCAGUGAAGGCGGCGGUGGAAGCAAUUUAGACUUAAGCAGUGCGGAAAGGACUUCUAGAAUAUCCUCGGGCUCGGCAUGUUCGCGUUUUUCACCUGAAACUGACGAUUUAGAUAAUUCAACAAGUUAUCGAUAUAGUCAACGACACAUUUAUUUAGAUACCAGUUUGUAUCGUCACGCGAGCACAUUUAAUUGUCAAAAUGCGGAAGACGACCUCAGUGAAGCAGAUAGCGGUAAUUCUAGUAGCGAUGAAAACGACGACGAGGCACAAAAUAAUAAAAUUAAAGUUAAUCAAAAGGAGUCACCAACAAUUAGCGUCUCACCUUGCUGCCCAUUAACUAACAGCAGUGCAAAAGGUUUGCAUUUAAGUCGCAUAUCGAUAACUUCGUCGGUGCGUAGCAUGUUUCAGCAUAUCACCUCGGCAUCGGCGGCAGCUUCGUCGCGCAGUCUUUCCUGCAGCAGUACACCGCUGAAGCGCGUAUGGGAAUCUAAAUGCAAAAAAACUAAUUCAGCUUCCAGCAAUAGCAGUAAUAGUAACAAAAAGUCCUCUACCUCCAUAAAGGUGAACAGUAACAGUAACAGUAAUGGUAACGGUAACAGUAACAGUAACAGUAACAGUAACAGUAACAGUAACAGUAAUAGUAACAGUAACAAUAACAGUAAUAACAAAAAACCUGAAAAAAAACAACAAAGCAUCUUACGACCACCAAUCAGUUAUGUAUAUAUGAAAGGUAUGUCUGGUCUAUAUUCUCGGGUACCUCGAUACACGGUAUGUUGUCCCUAUGGAACCCAGCAAUGGGCCUAAAAUAUCUAGGCUAUCUACGUACCUACCUAUCUAUCUAUAUAGAUAAUACCUAAAAAUUCCAAUCCUUAAGACUUAAUAUUAAAAUAAUUAUUAUUAUAAGAAAAAAAUUGCGAAUUGCGCGAGAGAGAAAAGAAAAAUGAAAAAUGAAAAUAGAAAAACCAAUAAGUCCAAGGACAUUGCCUAAUUAUGAUUACAAAAAAUAAGGCAGAGAUUUAUAAAUGAAAUUUAAAAAAAUUUGCAUUUUUU